AUGGCACCCUUCUUCGCUUUCAUUUCUCUGGCUCUUGCCUUCAUCGUGAACGCCACACCCACUCCCGAACGUCGCCUGACGCACGUCCCUCGCGAGGCGACCAAGCUCGCCGCCGAUCCCGAGACCGGUACUAUCUACCUGUUCAACAGCCGCGACGAGCACCUAGGCAUACUGGAUCACGAUGCCGCCUCGUCCUUCCAGCGUCGCGCUGGUGGUUGUGCGGACAUCAGUGCCGACGAAGUUCAGCAACUUCCCGGCUGGAGCAAGCUCAAGGACCAGGCGAACUCGAUGUGGGGCGAUUAUCAACGGGAGAUAAAGACGAACAACCCGGAUUCGCAAUCCAUUGGUGGCUCGGUCGUGGGUACAAACGGCACUGUCAUGCUAUCGCAGACCGAGGGGACGUCGUACACUCUCGAGACCUCGACGACCAGACAAGCCUCGGUCGCUUUGGACCUCUCCGCUGAAGCAAAGUUGGGCAUUCCCGACAUUGCCGAGGUCACCUUCAAGACAUCCGUCACCACGACCGUGUCGAACACCCUUGGAAAGACCGAGUCUGCAACCAGCAACCAGCAGACCACGUCGACGGUCACCGCCCAGCAGAAGGAUGGUCAAACCUGCCAGCUCGACUUCGAGACGAAGACCUGCACCACGAAGGGCUCCGGCCAGAUGCCCUUCAUUGCGUCGGGAUGGGUCUGGUUCGUGUACAAGAACAAGACUAAGGAUCACUGGAACUGGGCGCUCCUGAUGGAAGGCUACCUGGACGAGAGCGAGCGCUCGACGUACAUGAGCUUCGACUCGAACAUCGGCACCGAGACGAAGUCGCAGUACAAUGUCGUCUGCCAGUGA